AAUAUUAAUAUUAAACUCUAGCUAUAAGAGCUUAAAUUUUAAUAAUAUAAAAUUCUUUGAACAUUUUAAAUUAAGUUUGAUUUUUACACUCAAAUUGUAUCAAUAAAACGUUACAUGUUUUAUUUAUAUAUAUAAAAAUUUUUUAUAUUGACAGAGCAAUUAUGAAAAUAAUAUUAUGACUGAUAUUUAUAUUAGUCCACUCUUAUUUCAAGAUCAUCUUAAAUAUUGUCUUAAGUUGUUGUCAACCAGCAGAGUUGCAUUAUCUUAAGACAUUACUUAAGACGGUCAUUAAAUAACAUUUGCAUACUAACGUAUGAUUAUUUUAUGACAUUUUAAAACUAAACUAAACUCAAGACGGUCUUAAAAAUAUAAGAAUGCGGACUACGGCUAUGUUUAUCUGAUUUAUUAUCCGGUUAUGUGUCACCUUAAUAACGUCGAGUGUUAAUAUGACCAUAUGUUAUGAAGAAUGAAUUAAAGAUUUAUUCGACAAUCUUAGGAAGAAAUUGAACAAAAUCCAAACGUGUUACAUUAAAAUAAAAUUGGAAUGAUCAAUUUGAUCUCUUUCGUUAUCAACUCUUCUGAUAUUUGAUCGAGAAUCGAAUCGGGCAAAAUGUAUAUAUAUCUCCCACAAUUUCACGCAGUUUACAUCACGCUCGACCUUGAGCUGAAAUACAUCCGUAAACGAGCGGCCGUGCAUAUUCUCCCGAUCGGCUCAAUUGAAACGAAACUCGGCUUCACGCACGCAUUAAAUUUGCUCUCGCACGUGAAUCUAAUCGCCACGCUCAUGGCAUCGAUUCGUGCAUCAUCGGAUGACGUACGCCAACAAAAUUAAUUCGAUCAAUCGGGAUCGAGAGACAAAGUCGAAUGCAUGAGCCUCUACGCACGCAAAGUGCCAAGUGCCAGAAGAAAAUAGCAUCGGUAGAAUAGUUCGAACGUCUAUUUUCAUCGCUCGGCGAAUUGCUUUUAUUGAGAAAAAUAAUUUUGCGCGGUUUUUGAUUAGGAAAACCCGAAUACCUCUGGCCUUUUAAAAUUGAAGACGUAAUUCUAGCUUUGUGAAAAAGUAAAUAGAUAGCAAAAAAACAUCUCGUUUCGCUAAACAAUACGUAAUAUCUGAACAUUGACAAGUACCUAUAUAUUAUGUCAUAAAACUAAUUGUACUUUUAUGGCCGUUUUCUUUUCCCCCCCGGUAGAUUAAUUAUCUCACAUUACUGUAUUAACUGGAAAAUCCCUAAUGAUGUACGUGUGAUGUCGCGCGUAAAAGAGAAGUUGAGAAAUAAGUUUUACGAGAGGGUCGUGAUGCGUUUCUAUCGAAUGCCAAUAAUGCUGUACAACUUUGCGGAAGCACAGGAGGGAACAUAAUAAAGCACGUGCCUUAAUUGGAUACAGGAAGCCCCACUAUCAGUUAUCUUCUUUCUAUGUCACUAAACGGGCGAGCUCUCUUCCUCCAUAUCUGGUAAAAUACUCACGAUAGUCAAGAUAGCUUUAAUUACAAUAAUCACAUUCGCAAAAGGAUCAUCAUUCGUCAUGCGUUAAGCCCCGUACCGCUGUGCAUUAGCGAAUUACGAAAGAAGAAUAAUGAAUUGGAGAUUAGAAUUUGAUCGAUUAGAACGAAACGAGUUAAAAUUGUAAUUAUCUGAAUGGUCAAAUUCUAAUCUCUAAUUUACAAUUUUCGAUUUUUGAUGGGUAAUCUGAUAUACACGAACUUUGCAUUUUACAUCAUCGGAGAUUACGAUGAUCAUUAUAAAAAAAAUAGUUCCAAUUGUUUUCAUUAUUGUCGUAAUAAAUACAAAUGCAUCUCCGCAUUGUCCUGCACUCUACAAUUCUCAUCCGCGUGCCUAUCGGCCGUAAAGAACUCGUUAGGAAAAUUAUGUCGCUCUCAAUCCCACGUCGUAAAUGUGAAUAAUAACAUCCAGUGCGAGAAAAUCAAACAGACUUGGAAAUCAACUGAUAUAUGUCGAGGAAAAAAGUAAAUCGUCCAAGGUUACUAAAAGAAGCAGUUAUAAAAACAAACGAGAUUUGCAAAGGGUCCUUGAAAGACAUGAAGGAACAUUCGGCAACUCAACGAAUGGAGAGAGAUAAGGACUUGCCACAACGGUCGCAGAGCAGCGCGGCUAGCUUGAUGUCUAUAGGUGCCGAUAUAUCUCCGAGUUCUUCCCAAUUCUUCGAAGUAUUCUAUAUCGGCAAAAUCAAAGUAUCCAAAAUCAAAGUAUCGCACUCGAAAGUUCCGGAUUCAUUCAUUGAUGACGCCUUGAUUAAGUUUCGCGUUCAUGGACUUGAAAAAUCGAGAUCUUCAACGAGCAAUCUUCUGUUAGAUUGCCAACGGUUGAAACGUCAAACUUUGAUGUCUUCCAUUAAUAGAAGAAAUAGUACGGAAUCUACCGCCAGUGAAUCAGGCAGUAUCGAGAACGUGUCGGGAAACAGUAUAAUUCCAAGCGUGAAUCCGCUUGGAAUACCGCCAGUUUUAAGCGGGUCCGUAGAGACUUUUCCAAGAACAACCGCCAACCCCACAGAAAACGAUGAUCGUGAUGGGAAUGAGACAUCUGAAUCUUCUGCUAAUUCUAAUAUCAAUGUACCUGAAAUUAUGCGAAAUCGUGCAGCCUCUACUGGCAGUGUUUUAAGCGGCAGAAGAGAUUCUGCUAUUAAAGGAAACGAUGAGCAUAAUCGUACUAUGGUUUUUCAGGUAGGGCGAUUUGAUCUGAGAUUGAUUAGUCCUGAUAGAAAGCAGAUUCUUCUGCAUAAACAAUUAAAAGAUGUAGCCAGUUGCGCGCAAGGGAUAAGAAACCCUGACCACUUUGGAUUUAUUUGCAAAGAAUCGGAAUAUUUCAUCGGGUAUGUCUUCAAAUGUCAAUCCGGAUCAGUCGCGGAUGACCUUGUUGCAGCAAUUAGUCAAGCUUUUCUUACAAACUACAAUGUCACAAGAAAGGAGAGAUAUUCUAUAUUUUCUUGCGAUCACUGUCCUAUGUAUUGGUAUAAUAAAUUAUGCCAGGAAAUUGAAGGACAAAAUGAUAGAAGAGUGCAAAGUAUUAUCUUUUCCCGUAUGGAAUUAUUACCAGAGGACGAGCAGGAAAUCGUUGUGAGCAAAUAUAAAGGCGCCGAAGCUGCGGGUAAUAUUGGUGCAAGCUCCUCGAGUCUACGAGAGCAAAAUCAAUUCUUAAUGCAACUAUUGCGUGCUCAUUGCGAGUCAAAACAAGCUAGACAUGUACACGAUACGGCUGAAAAUAGGAGUGAAUUUCUCAAUCAAUAUUUGAGCGUUGGCGUUGGUAGCACGAUAUUUAUGAAAGCAAAACGCUCUCUUACGAAUAGUUUUGACAAUCUUAUGAAGAGGAAAAGUUCACGUGACGAUUUUGGUUUGGGUCCGCAACUGAGGGAUACAAAUCAUCUGAAUAUGGGGAUACAAAAGAAUGGUAGUCAGAGUCCAGAUAAUUCGCGACAAUCAUCUAUCUUGGACAUUUCACCAGAAUCCAGUAGACCAAGAUCAUUGCGUGUUUCGCCUGAACAGCAAAUAGUUGUAAAUAAUGGACCAAAGAGUUCUAUGAUGGACAUCUUUUUAAAAGUUGGUAACUCACCGAAAACUUCACCUACGGAAAGUGACGGAAAUAGUACGAUACAAGCCAAUAGUUCGUGGCGACAAACAAUAUUAAACAGAGUUGUGACGCCGAAUAAGGACCAUAAUGCUACAGAAAUUGACAAAAUUAGUAUUCUCAAAAAUUCGGAAAUAUCUGUUAAACGUAGAUCAAGACAAGAAUUGCGAGAUUUAUGGAAGAAAGCGAUCAAUCAACAAUUAAUACUUAUAAGAAUGGAAAAAGAAAACGCAAAACUUAGAGAACGUCAAGAAGAGGCAACAGUAAAAAGGAUUAAACUCGAAUAUGACGAGCUUAGUAGUUGCGCGCGUGAAGUGAUAGAAGUUUGGGAUCUUCUUGUUAGCAAGGAAUCACGAGUCUCUACUAAAUGUGAUAAUCAAAUGCUUUUACACGCUAUUAAACAAGGUGUACCGAAAGGAAAAAGAGGCGAGGUUUGGCAGUUUCUAGCCGAGCAAUUUUGCUUGAAACAACCGCCUAUAGACACGCAAGAGUUUCCAAAUUAUAAUACACCCUAUGAACUUCUCCUGAAGCAACUUACAUCUCAGCAGCAUGCUAUCCUUAUUGAUUUAGGAAGAACUUUCCCGAGCCAUCCAUAUUUUAGUUCACCCUUGGGACCUGGUCAAUUAGCACUCUUUAAUUUAUUGAAGGCCUAUUCUUUGCUAGAUCAUGAAGUCGGUUAUUGUCAAGGCCUCAGUUUUGUCGCCGGAGUGCUUCUAUUGCAUAUGGCGGAGGAUCAAGCCUUUUUCUUAUUACGGCAUCUAAUGUUUCGUCGAGGACUUAGAAAAUUAUAUUUGCCAGAUAUGGCAGCAUUGCAAUUACACUUGUAUCAACUCUCUAGGUUGUUACACGAUCGCUUGCCAGCCAUUUACAAUCAUUUUGACAAACAUGAAGUUUCACCUACUUUGUACGCCGCUCCGUGGUUAUUAACGCUGUUUUCCAGUCAAUUCCCCUUAGGUUUUGUAACCAGAGUUUUUGAUUUGCUUUUUCUCGAAAGCUCUGAAGUUCUUUUCCGUGUAUCGGUUGCAUUAUUAGAAGAACAUCAAGAUCAAUUAUUAUGUUGCGAUAGCUUUGAAGAAAUUAUGGAGUACCUCAAGACACGUGUGCCAGCAAUAGACAAACAAAGCUUAGAUCGCAUAAUGAAACGUGUAUUUUAUCCUGAUUUGGAGAUUACAAAGCAAUUGAAUGAAUACAGAGUGGAAUACCAAGUGCUUCAAGAGGAAAUGAUAUCAGUGAAACCACAAAUAGAGAAUUUGGAAAAGUUCAAGUUAAGGAACAAGCAGCUCACGCAAGAAGUUGCACAGCUUAAUGAGCAACUUGAGAUUACUAUCAGCAACUUGCAGAGGCUCGAAACGGCACGUCCAAUGCAACAAGCAACUAUCCACAAACUUGAGUCUCAGAAUCGCAGUCUUGAAGUAACGGUGGCCACAUUAGGCGCAUUCAUUCAGCAAUUAGCGGACACACGUGCCGAUAUCGAAAUUCCGGGCGAAGUUCGCAGGAUAAUUGCACAACUGAGUAUGGUCGAAAAACGACGAAAUGCUGGUACCAAAUCAUAUCCUUUAAAAAUCAUCGAAGACAACAAGCAUGGAAUGAUAAAAAGUAAUUCGACUGGAAGAGAAUCUCAAAAUCUUUUAAGGAAUAAUAGCACGGACAUGCCGUUUCCUUUGAAGUCGACUCUGAGCCAACCCAACUUGGCACUGAAAUUAGAGAAAGUGUCAUCGUUCUUUUCGAAUUCACACAAUCACAUACAGAAACAACGCGCGCAGUUAGCAGCUCUCAGAAACGAGUUUUCCGAGCAAACAGUAAGAGGCAACAAUGACGAGAACGAUCCCAAGACGGUCAAUAUCGAUAUUCAAAUUACGGAUACUAUGAAUCUAGCGAACAAUCCAGUCCCACAAAGUGAGAACAAUUUAAAAGUUCCAACUACCAAUUUAGAAAAAUCGAUAUCGUUACCAUUAAAGCUCAAAUUGAAAUCGUCGAAGUCAGCAUAUGAAUUAAGUUCUAUAAAAAAGGUUCCCACUAGCAAACUCGAAGUUACAAGUAACGAUUCAUUAACAAAUUUGACAGGAACCAUACAUCCACUUGAUACUUGUAGCGAUGUGAAUUUUCGAUUUAGCGGUACCACAAAAUUGAAAUCCAUCAAACCUGUAAAAUCUAGUCAAAGUUGUCAGGAAGAUAGUAGUAACAAACAAAAGCCCGAUCAAAUCUCCGAUUCUUUAAACAGAUAACAAUUACUUUCAAAUACAUCUUCAAAGAGCAUCUUAUCGAAGAGAAUUUUCAUAAAAAAUAUAUAUUUAAAACGAUACUGGUGAUGAGUAAUUUAAAGAUUACAUAUUUAUAUUUAAUUAUUCAUUUGUAAGUUUUUAAACGAGCAAGUUUCAAAAACUGACUAAUUUAUGUAAUUACGAAGGGAAGGAAAUAAUUCUUUUUGAUUCUCAUUGAGAUCUGAUGUUUGGCAACACAUUACAACUUGUGAAAAUGAAAUGUUCUGUUGAAACAGUAUUGAACAUUAUAUAUAUGGAAAUCUUGAUCGAUUAAAAAUCCAUUGUUUCCAAAUAAACAUCUAAAACCAUGUCUCAAGAUGUAUCGAGCAUUCAGGAAAUGAGAUAUAUCAAAAUAAGAUACUAUAAAGAGACAUACGCAACCAGUUUCAAAUUGCCAAAGGAAGUGCCAAACUUUCUCUAUUAGAAUAUAUUUUAUAGUAAAAUAAAAACGAUUUUAAUUACUUAGAAAUAAAAAUACGUAUGUAUGUUGCAAAUAGAUACGUAUAUUGCAUACGUAUGCAUGCGUAGAUGCGAUUGUAUCGUUGAAAAAAUAUAUUGAUAAAAAUCAUUAAUGUAUAGGCCUGCUAUGCACCGUGUAAGAUUCAAAGAAUUAAGUAUUACUAUUUUUGCACAAAACAAGCCUUGUGAUAUCAGGGAUAGUUAACAUAUACAUAUAUAUACUCUUUGUUCUUUAUAGUAAAGUUUACCAUCGUUGAUACAUGUAUCGUCGAUACAGUAGUAUUAGCUAUACUUAACAUCCAUAUCAAACGUGUUGUAAAUUAGAGGAUAGCAAGUUAUUCAACCCUUAAAAAGAUAUUCGAACGUAACAUUUUGACAGAUAUUAAUGUGAAUUAGAGAUUUCAUGAAAAUGAAAUUAUAUUUUGUAGUGUAUUCGGGUUACUGUAAUAUUUUAUCAGCUAGUGAUUAUACGUAACUGUAGACAUAUUAUUUGUAACGAAAUAAUGCGAGUAUAUAAUCAUAUCUUAUGAAAUAAAGAUAUUCUAUAUGUAUAAUUGUUUAUUAUCACAUAGAUUGUAGAAGUUAGAAUAGAUUAUAUUUUGUAUUAUAUAUAGUCUUAGGAACUAAGAAAUAUUUAAUUGAUUUUCAUUGAUGUUUUGUUGACUUGCUAAUCUUAUUGUGAUGAUAGAUAAAAAUAUUUAAAAUAUUCAUAAUAAAAAUAAUUUAAUAAUUUUA